AUGACGUCAGCAGCCGGGUCUAGACAGAGGCGAGAGGGUUGGGUCCACCCGCGGGGCCCGCCGGCUGCGCACAGGCUCCGUGGGGUCCUGGCGGCGCGCACCGGUCGAGGAAGCGCCGAGGGCCUGGGCGGCUGCGGCGGCGACUUGGGCUUCCGUGAGGGGCGGCCCGGGGUCAGGAUGCGGCGGAGCUCCCGCCCGGGCUCGGCCGCGUCCCCACAAAAGCUCACGCCCAACUUCUACAGCGACAACAGCAACAGCUCAGUGAGCGUCACCUCGGGGAACAGCAGCGGGCACUGGUCAGCUGGGCCGGGGCCCGCGGAGCCCGAGGGCAGAAGAGCCCGGGGCUCGAGCUGCGGUGAGCCCGCCUUGAGCGCUGGAGUGCCCGGAGGAACCACAUGGGCUGGAAGCUCUCGGCAGAAGCCGGCGCCUCGGAGCCACAAUGGGCCGACCGCCUGUGGCGCCGCAACCGUGAGGGGCGGGGCCUCGGAACCGGCUGGCUCUCCCGUAGUCUCUGAGGAACAGCUGGACCUUCUCUCAACCCUGGAUCUGAGACAGGAGGUGCCUCCCCCGCGAGUGUCCAAGAGCUUCCUGAGCGUGCUUUUCCAGGUGCCCAGCGUGGUGUUAUCCCUGGUAGGAGACGUGCUGGUCAAUGUGUACAGGGAGGUCUGUUCCAUCCGCUUCCUGAUCACCGCUGUGUCACUGCUGAGCAUCUUUCUGGCAGUACUCUGGUGGGGGCUUCUGUAUCUGGUGCCUCCUUUGGAAAAUGAACCUAAGGAGAUCCUGACUGUAAGUGAGUACCACGAGCGUGUGCGCUCCCAGGGGCAGCAGCUGCAGCAGCUCCAGGUCGAGCUGGAUAAACUCUACAAGGAGGUGUCCAGCGUUCGCGCAGCCAACAGCGAGAAAGUGGCCAAGCUUGUAUUCCAGAGACUGAAUGAAGACUUUGUGAGGAAACCUGACUACGCGCUGAGCUCUGUGGGAGCCUCUAUCGACCUAGAGAAGACCUCCCAUGACUAUGAGGACACGAACACUGCCUAUUUUUGGAAUCGUUUCAACUUCUGGAACUAUGCACGGCCGCCCACGGUUAUCCUGGAGCCAGAUGUCUUCCCUGGGAAUUGCUGGGCUUUUGAGGGUGACCAGGGCCAGGUGGUGAUCCGGCUGCCAGGUCGUGUACAGCUGAGCGACGUCACCCUGCAGCAUCCACCGCCCAGUGUGGCACACACUGGGGGAGCCAACAGUGCCCCACGUGACUUUGCAGUCUAUGGCCUCCAGGCUGAUGAUGAGACUGAAGUUUUCUUGGGGAAAUUCACCUUCGACGUAGAGAAAUCUGAGAUUCAGACUUUCCACCUACAGAAUGACCCUCCAGCUGCCUUUCCCAAGGUGAAGAUCCAGAUUCUAAGCAACUGGGGCCACCCCCGUUUCACGUGCUUGUAUCGAGUCCGAGCCCAUGGCAUGCGAAUCUCAGAGGGGGCAGGGGAUGGUGCCACAGGGGGGCCCCAUUAAAUAUGCUGAUUAUUGGAGCUAAAAUAAGCUGGAUCAGUGCUGGGGGGUCUGUUGGGGACUUUGGUUGCCCAUGGUGCAGAAGUAUGGUCCAGGGGUAGAGGGUUACCACCCAGUGCACCCUCUGAGAGAAAGUUGAGAUCAGUAAUAUAUAGUUGCCAUAGCUCAUGUUUAUGAAGUGCUUACCAUGUACAAAAGAUACGGUGCUUUGAACAUACACAUUACUUACUUAACCCUCACAGCCAUAAAGGAGGAGAUGGUCAGGUUAGAAAACUUGUUCUUGCUAGUGAAAAGCAGCAUUACAGUGGGCCCCAGGCCUACCUUCCCCUAGAGGCUACUGUAUUUAACUGCAGAGCCACUAAAUUUGGAGUCAGGCUUGUGCACCUCAAUUUCCACCCUUAAUCUCUGGAACAACCUAACUCCUGCUAGGUACAGGUAGAGGGAGAAUUACCCCUUUUCUCUUGAUAAACGCUCAGAAACUAAAGAGGACUUGCAGAUUCCUCGGAAGCAUCUGAGCCAGAGUUGAUGAUACAGGCCAGGGGUAGCCCCUACUCAGAUUGUCUUACUGAGAUCUGAGUACCUGACACUCUGCAAGGCACAGUGUAGGUGAUCUCAUCUUCAUCAGUCCCUGCCCUAAAGGAGUUUGACAGGGAAGGGAGGACAGGAUGCUGUAGGAAACAGGGCAAAGGAUUAAUAAUUCUCUGUGGGCAGGGUAGAAAAGGGAAACCAGCAUGAGAAACAUGCACCUAUUAGGUUCCUUCCCAAUAUGUUCAUAUUUGGAGAAGUAUACACACUAUUAAUAGAGAUUACAUCUGUAGAAAGUAGAAUGUGUGUGGGUUGUACAUAUCCAUUUAAAUUUUAAGGUUAUUAUUUUGUAAAAUGAAGACAAGAUUUUGUCAAGUGCUCUCAAAGCCUAAGGUUAGAAAUAUAAACUAAUACAGCUCUUCUGAAGGGCAGUUUCACAAGAGGAAUCAAAAGUCUUAAAAAUUUUUUGUAGUCUUUAAUCACAGCACUUCUAAGACCAGAUCCAAAGAAUACAGGGAUGUCUUCAAAGAUAAUACUUUUGAGUGUUGCUUAUAAGGAGAAAACUGGAAAUAGUAACUAAGCAGAUUGUGCCACAAAAAUAAUACGUGGCCAAACAGAAACAGCAUACAAGGGAAUGUUUAAUGUCAUGAAAAGUAAUGAUAUAUGGGAUACACUGGUAUUAUAAAUCUAUGGCAUAUAACUCUAUGACAUAUCAAAAGAGUUCUAUAGACCAAAAGAUAUGAUAAAUGACAAGACAGUAGCCUGGGAGGAAAUAUUAACAUGUAUAAGAGACAAGGAGUUAAUAACUGUGACAGAAUGAAGGAUGUACUGACAACAACUUAGUUUAUUCAAAACAAAUAUAAUUCACAAAUAAAUAUGAAAUGAUAUCUGGCCUUCACAAUUAAAUUAAAACUAAAAAUAUGAUUUUACCCAAAAAGGGUGAAAAGGCUGUUUUUGUGAAUAGAGGGCAAUUUACAUUAUCUAUUCAAAUUUUAAAUAUGCACAUACUUUAACAUUUCCACUUCUAGGAACAAAUUCUUCAGAAGAAACAUCCCUGUAAGUGCACAGAUAAAUGUAUAAGAAUAUUCAUUCUAACACUGUUUUCAAUAAAACAAAACUAGAAGGUACCCAAAUCCCAAUAAGGUAUUGGAUAAAUAAGCUGUAGUACACUCAGAAUAUAUAGGCAUUGCAAAAGAGUGAGGUCAGCAAUAAGUUCCAAUGGGCAAGACACCCUGAAUAUAACAAAAACAAAGGGCAAAGUUUAUGUGUAAUAUCCCAUUAAAAUUUGUCAGACUUAGUAAAAAUGGGCUCUCAUCUGCUCUAUUACCUAUUUAUUCAUUAUGUACUACACACAAUAUUUAUAUUUGAAAUAAUUUCAUAUAGCACGUAUUUUAAAAACAUCUUAAAGCAUGCUAAAAUACUAUACAUAUAAUAUAAUCCCACUUUUGUAAAAUAAAAGACUAUGAAUAUGAAUAAAGGAGCAAAACAUAUGCACCAAAUAUUUGGGUGAUAUUUUUCUGCAUAUACAU